AUGGAUGCCGAACUGACGUACCAGUUGAUUAAACAUACCCUUGAGGAACUUGAAAAAUCUAAAGAAUACAUAAAAAAUGAAUUAACAAAUAAGAGAGAAAAAAAUAAUGAAAAGGAAGAAAACCAAACUUAUGAUGAUAUUUUUAACAAAUCAAAUAAUUUUAAAAAAGAUGACAAAAAAAUUGAUUAUGAAUCCAUCUUAGAUUGUGUGAUAAAACAAAUUGAUCAUUAUGAGAAAUUACUAGAUAAAAAUCAGUUAAAUAAUAAAACUGAUGAUAAUAUUAAUAAUGAUAAUAGGAAAUAUAAUAAUCUCUUUGAUAAUAAUAAUAAUAAUAAUAAUGUACUUAAUGAAAAUGUAGAACAAUAUAAGAUACGCGAUUUUUUUGAAGAUUAUAAAGAAAAUGAAAAAAUUACAUUUAAUAAAUAUAAAUUAAAUAAAAAAGUUAUAGUUGGUCAUACGACAGAAGGGAAUUCUAUUGUUAUAAACAAUGAUAAUUUUCUUAAACUAUUUAAAAAUUCAGAUAUAAUAAAUAAUUCAUUUAAUAAAUCUAAUACAACAAAUAUAUUUAAUAUAAGCAAAAAUAUAAAUGAAGAUAAAUUAAACCAAGACAAAUUAAAUGCAAAUGUGGAUAAUAAUUAUUUAAGUGAUAUGUCAUGUUCUACCUCUAGUGUAAUAUCAUUAAAUAGUUUUAUUAAAAAAGAAAAGAAUGAGAGAAUUUAUAAAAAUAAAGAAGCAUAUGUAAAACAUAAAUAUGAUGAUAAUUCAUAUAUUUCUCAUAAAUUAAAUUAUUGUAGUGAUUGCUCCUCAUCCUCUUUAAGUUGGCAUAACCAAGAAUAUGAUGACCUUUUUUAUUAUUCUAAUUUAUUGAAAGAGGAUAAACACUUAAAAAAUAAAAUAAAUAUAAAGAAAAAGAAAAAUCAUACCAAUGAUAAUAAUAAGAAACAUAUUAGUGAUAACCAUCAUAAUUAUCAUAAUGAUGGCGAUUGUAACUUGGAAUUGUUCAAGAAUAAACAACAAAAUCAUAAUGAAUCUCCAUUUUUUAAAUAUAUAUAUUUUAAAUAUAUAAAUAAGGAUAAAAAUAACUUCUAUCCUGUAUUUAUUAAUAAUAAAAAUGGAAAAAAAAAAAUAUGGAACCUAAAAAGUCUAAACAAAUAUCAACAUGUAGAUACAAGUGAACCAAAUAACAAGUAUGAAUUAGAUACACAACUAUUUAGUUAUAAAUCUCAUAAAUAUCUUUCUUCAGUGGAUGAUAAUUCUAAAAAAAAAAAAAAAAAAUUAUCUUCAAAGAAUACUCAAAAUAUAGAUAGCCUCAAGAAGUAUCGUUUUGACGUAGACGAAAUGAACUAUUCUAUAGAUAAAAUUGUUCAUCAAAUAGAACAAAUACAUAACACUGAAAAAUCAGAAAAAAAAAAAACAAAUUACAACGAGCAUUUUAUGAAUUUUAUUAAGAAAAAUAAGGAGUAUCUUAAAAAGGAAAACAAUUUUACUUUUAAAAAGUUGUGUGAAACAGACAAAAUAAAGCUGAAAGUAAAAAUUAUAGGAACCGAUGGAAAAAUAAUAAAAAACAGAAGUCUCGAUAAUGUUGUUAUAAAUAAGAAUAAAACAUUUGGUGAUUUGGCCCUUAAAUUAGGACAUACGUUUAAAUUGUCUGAUGAUAAAAUUGAAAAUAUAAAAAUGUUUUUUGACGGAGAUUUAUGUGAUAAAAAUAUGUCUUUUGAUAAUAACGAACUUGGACUAGAAGAUGGUUAUCAAAUAGAUGUAAAAUUCCCCUUAACUGACGAUAUUCCUUGUACUGUUGACGAAUCAAAUCUUAGUGAUGAUUCAUAUAUUCUAUUUUUACCAGAUUCUUAUGUUAUUGAUUGA